AUGCAGUUCUCCAAGUCUUUCAUGCUGCUGGCAGCUCUUACCACUGGCGCCUUCGCCCUUCCUCAGGGUAACGCUCGUCGCCAGGCUACCGCCACUACCGCCGCCGCUUCUUCCUCCUGGACCGACGUCCCCUCUGCCAGCAGCUACUCUACUUCUGGCUUCGGCGCUAGCACCAGCUCCUCCAGCAGCGGCGAUACCUACGAAGGCAACGUCGGAAACCCCUACGGUAGCAACAUCAUCCAGGUCUCUGCUUCCGACGCUAGCUCUUACGAGUAUGUCGUGCAGUUCACUGGUGACAACACCGAUGACUGGACUGUCGUUAUCUGGAAUAAGUACAGCUCUGACGGUACUAUGGAUGGCUGGUACGGCAAGGCUUGCCAGUCUUUCACUCUUUCGGCUGGAGAGACCGUGUACUACGCUUUCGCUGCCGAUUCUCAGGGUGGCUGGGCUGCUGCUGAGGGAACCUCAAUCCCUACUAGCAGCUAUGGUGCCUACGCCUCUACUUGGGGCGAGUUUGAUUUCGGCUCUACUGCCAACGACAACUGGUCCGGCUUUGAUGUUUCCGCUAUCCAGGCUCAGGAUGCCGGUCUCACCGUUCAGGGUAUGCAGAUUUGCGAUGCCCUUGGCUCUACCUGCUCUUCUAUCACCACUGAUGCUGGUACUGUUGAUAAUGCCUACACUAGCGCUGAGACUGAUGUUGGUGGCAUUGGUGGUAACCUCUCUGCCGGCCCUGUCCGUCUGGCUGUCACCAUUGACUACAGCGGAUAA